AGGUUUUUUUUUGAGACCAGCUUGAAUAACUUUAAACAUUCAACAUUUUGUCAAAUAUCAUUGAAUGAUUUUCUAUCUUUAUUUAUUGUUUUUUCUCUCUGCAGGAAUGCCAUCUAAUGAGGAUAUCCGCGGGAUGCUCUUUCUGUCGCUCACCGUUGUUGGAGUUCCUGGGAACAUGGCGGUCAUUGUUGCCUUCCUCCUUCUUAUCCUUCAAGAGAGCUGUCUCCAUGCAGCAGACGCCAUUGUCCUGCAUCUGUCCUGCACUAACCUGGUGGUGGUGCUUGUACGCUGUCUGAUGGAGACACUGGCGUCCUUCCACCUGGCCAAUGUCUUUGGAGACAUUGGCUGCAAAGGUGUGAUCUUCAUCUACCGAACUUCCAGGGCCCUCUCUAUCUGGCUUACCUUUCUCCUUAGUGCGUAUCAAUGUUUGAGUAUUGCCCCUCCUGGAUCAAAAUGGGCCUCUCUCCGCAUCUUAGUGGCCCAAAGUUUACCCAUUGUGUUCGUCUUCCUCUGGGUCCUCCAUGCUAGCCUGAGUGCAGGGGCCAUAUUGUUCUCUGUGAGCUCCAAGAAUGUGACUGCUGUGGCAACAAGCGCUGUCAAUGUGGAAUUCUGUUAUGUGAAUUUCCCAUCAGAUAUCCUCAAAAAGGUUUAUGGGGCAAUACAAGUGAGUAGAGAUGUGGUGCCUAUGGCCCUCAUGACUCUAACCAGCCUUAUCAUUCUUGUUCUCCUCUACAAACACAGCCAACACCUUAAGGGGCUCCGUGGCGCUGGCCAUGCUGGUUCAGGUACCUGCGGUUCCAAGCAGCGGGCUGCUAAAGUCGUAGUCGUGCUCGUGACAAUUUAUGUUGUCCUUUAUGGGGUCGAUAACUGUCUUUGGGUGUACACACUCACUCUGAGGCACACGAUGAGCUCCUCGCUGAUCUCUGACCUGCGUGUGUUCUUCGCCUCGCUGUACGCAGCGCUGAGCCCUCUGGUUAUCAUCGUGUCUAACAGGAAGGUGAACAGCAGGCUGAGGUGUAUAGCACAGGAAAAGCCUUUGCUGGGAAAAACAGCUCACCUUCAUUCUAUAUGAGGGCAAUCUGGGACGGUCGAUUGCACACAUGGCUGGAGGUGAAACCGAAGCUGAGAUGAAACUGAGCUUUUCUAAUAUCUGGGUCAUGUGUAGGUUAUUCUGUUGAAAUCACACUUUCUGACAAGAAUUACUUUAUCUCUGUUAGAACAUUCUAGAGUUGAAUUUUUGGAGUUUUUUUUAAGGAGUUAUUAAGCAAGUUGCAUCUCUGUAAAAUAACAAAAAAAAAAAA